GAGGCUGUGGGCAUGGGUAUAUCGGGGAGAACAAAUUGCUCACAGGAGCCUUGGAGGAUUGUAGUCAUGGGGAAUAUGAGGAGCAAAAGAAAAAGCAGGGUGUUGCAGCUGACUAUCACAGCAGUGGCCACACUGUUAUUAAUGGCUGGAAGAUCCACAACACAGCAAAGAACAAAUGGUUUGUAUGCAUGGCGAAAACCCCUGAAGAGAAGCAAGAAUGGCUGGAAGCUAUUUUGAAAGAGCGAGAGAGAAGAAAAGGUUUAAAAUUGGGCAUGGAACAGGACACUUGGGUGAUGAUCUCUGAGCAAGGAGAAAGACUGUACAAAAUGAUGUGCAAACAAGGGAAUCUCAUCAAAGACAGGAAGAGGAAAUUAACCACUUUCCCCAAAUGCUUUCUUGGAAGUGAAUUUGUGUCCUGGUUGUUGGAAAUUGGAGAGAUACACAAAUCUGAAGAAGGUGUUCAUCUUGGCCAAGCUUUAUUAGAGAAUGGCAUUAUCCAUCAUGUUACAGAUAAGCACCAAUUCAAACCUGAACACAUGCUGUACAGAUUCCGAUAUGAUGAUGGAACAUACUACCCAAGAAAUGAGAUGCAGGAUGUGAUCUCUAAGGGUGUACGACUGUACUGUCGCCUUCACAGUCUGUUUACCCCAGUAAUUAGGGAUAAAGAUUAUCACUUGAGAACCUACAAAUCUGUGGUCAUGGCUAACAAACUUAUAGACUGGUUAAUUGCACAGGGGGAUUGCCGGACGAGGGAAGAAGCUAUGAUAUUCGGUGUAGCUCUUUGUGAUAACGGGUUUAUGCACCAUGUGUUAGAGAAAAGUGAAUUUAAAGAUGAACCAUUGCUGUUCCGUUUUUAUGCGGAUGAAGAAAUGGAAGGGUCAAAUAUGAAGCACAGACUCAUGAAACAUGAUCUGAAAGUAGUGGAAAAUGUCAUAGCCAAGUCAUUAUUGAUUAAAUCUAAUGAAGGCACCUAUGGUUUUGGUUUAGAAGAUAAAAAUAAGGUGCCAAUUAUUAAAGUGGUGGAGAAAGGAUCAAAUGCUGAGAUGGCAGGCUUGGAAGUUGGGAAGAAAAUCUUUGCCAUUAACGGUGACCUGGUUUUUCUGCGACCCUUCAGUGAAGUGGAUUGCUUCCUGAAAGCAUGUUUAAACAGCAGAAAGCCCCUGCGGGUUCUUGUGAGCACUAAACCACGGGAGACAGUGAAGAUUCCUGACUCUGCAGAUGGACUUGGAUUCCAAAUCCGGGGCUUUGGCCCAUCAGUUGUCCAUGCUGUUGGGAGAGGAACAGUGGCAGCUGCGGCAGGUCUCCACCCUGGCCAAUGCAUAAUCAAAGUGAAUGGAAUUAAUGUCAGCAAAGAGACUCAUGCAAGUGUUAUUGCUCAUGUCACGGCGUGCAGAAAGUACAGACGGCCAAUGCAGCAAGAUUCUAUACAGUGGGUUUACAACAGCAUUGAAAGUGCACAGGAAGACCUUCAGAAAACGAACACCAAGCCCUCUGGAGAUGAUGGAGGAGAUGCCUUUGACUGCAAAGUGGAAGAGGUAAUUGACAAAUUUAACACUAUGGCAAUAAUUGAUGGGAAGAAAGAUCAUGUGAGUCUGACUGUUGACAAUGUUCAUCUGGAGUAUGGAGUGGUUUAUGAGUAUGACAGCACAGCUGGAAUAAAGUGCCACGUGUUAGAAAAAAUGAUUGAACCAAAGGGAUUUUUCAGCCUGACUGCAAAGAUUCUUGAAGCACUGGCAAAAAGCGAUGAACAUUUUGUGCAGAAUUGCAACAGCCUCAAUUCCUUAAAUGAAGUGAUCCCCACUGAGCUUCAGAGUAAAUUCAGUGUCAUUUGCAGUGAGAAAGUUGAGCAUAUUUGCCGAAGAAUCUCUAGUUAUAAAAAGUUUUCAAGAGUAUUAAAAAACAGAGCUUGGCCUACCUUCAAACAAGCUAAGUCAAAGAUUUCACCACUUCACAGCAGUGAUUUCUGUCCAACCAAUUGCCAUAUCAAUGUGAUGGAAGUGUCUUACCCUAAAACCUCAACUUCCCUUGGUAGUGCCUUUGGUGUACAGUUAGACAGCAGAAAACAUUCUUCCCAUGAAAAGGAAAAUAAAAACAGUGAUCAAGGUAAACUGAAUCCCAUGAUUUAUGUCCAACAUACCAUUACUACUAUGGCUGCCCCUUCAGGGCAGUCUCUUGGCCAGCAAGAGGGCCAUGGUCUGAGGUACCUCUUAAAAGAAGAAGAUUUAGAAACACAAGAUGUCUAUCAAAAAUUGCUGUUCAAAUUACAAGCUGCACUGAAAGAGGUGGAAACAUGUGUCUGUCAAAUAGAUGACCUUCUUUCUUCAAUAACAUAUUCUCCCAAAUCAGAACGUAAAACGCCUGAGCCUUUAAUACCAGCAGACAGUGAUAAUGAAAAGGGGGAAAGGAAUGGGAAGAAAGUCUGUUUCAGCGUGACAGGUGAUGAACAAGAAGAUUCUGGUCAUGAUACCAUCAGCAACAGGGAUUCUUACAGUGAUUGCAACAGCAAUAGGAACUCCAUUGCCUCAUUCACCAGCAUUUGUAGCAGUCAGUGCAGUUCUUAUUUUCACAGUGAUGAAAUGGAUUCAGGUGAUGAGCUUCCCAUAAGUGUUCGAAUCUCCCAUGAUAAACAGGACAAGCUCCAUAGCUGUUUGGAGCAUCUUUUUGGUCAAGUUGAUUCAAUUGUCAAUCUUCUAAAAGGACCAGCUGUGAUGAGGGCCUUUGAGCAGACAAAAUACUUCACACCAGGUCGAGGCCUCCAAGAAUUUCAGGAAAGGGAACCGAAGCUUAACUGUCCAAAGAGGCUACGACUCCACAUCAAGCAAGAUCCUUGGAAUCUCCCCAGCAGCGUCCGGAGUCUUGCCCAGAAUAUCAGAAAAUUUGUUGAAG